GUCGCUACUGCGCAAGCGCUCUCAGAAAAAGAAAUGAAAGCCGAACUGUUGAUGGUUACCGAGGAAACGGCGUUGCUUAGUUACCCGUGGUAGCGGAUCUGUCCCUUGCCAAGCCCUUCGCUGCUCGACCGUCCAUCAUGAGCCUCCAGCCGGUGCAAGGCUUGCCGCUUGUUCCGGGCUCGUCCUUUCGGGACCCGACGAAAACUGCUUUUCAUCGUUCCCAAACUCUAGAUUUCAAGAAUGGUUUUGCCUUUAAGAAACUUCCAACUGUGGGGAUAGGUGGAAAUCGGCUUUAUGUAAACCAGUUGUCUCAAGCUGAACUUGAUGAAUUAUCCAACAAGAGACCCACCUUAACUUAUGGUGAACCUAAACAAGCCCCACCUUCAGAUUUCAUCCCAGCACACGUGGCUUUUGACAAAAAGGUGCUCAAAUUUGAUGGAUACUUUCAAGAAGAUGUUCCUAUGUCUACAGAAGAGCAUUUCCGCAUUCGUCAAGUGGGCAUUUAUUACUAUUUGGAAGAUGAUAGCAUGUCUGUCAUGGAACCCAUUGUUGAAAACUCAGGGAUUCCUCAGGGCAAGUUCAUCAAGAGACAGCGUUUGCCCAAAAAUGAUCGUGGGGAUCAUUAUCAUUGGAAAGAUCUGAAUCGAGGAAUUAAUAUUACUAUCUAUGGCAAGACUUUCCGGAUAGUUGACUGUGAUCGAUUCACCCAGACUUUUUUGGAAAGCCAAGGAAUUGAACUGAACCCUCCAGAGCGAAUGAUUUUUGAUCCUUAUAUAGAGCUACGUAAAAUGCGUCCACGUAUGUAUGUCACCCCCUCAGAUUUUGAUCAACUUAAGCAGUUUUUGGCAUUUGACAAAAAGGUUCUUCGUUUUUAUGCCAUUUGGGAUGACACUUGGAACAUGUUUGGUGAAACCCGGAGAUUUAUUAUCCACUACUAUUUGGCAGAUGACACAGUGGAGGUGCGGGAAGUUCAUGAACGAAAUGAUGGCAGAGAUCCUUUCCCAGUCCUGAUAAAACGCCAGCGCCUGCCCAAAACUUUUUUGGAGAAGAAAGAAAACUUCCCAACCUGUGUGCUGGAGAUUUCUGAUCAGGAGGUCUUAGAAUGGUUCACAGCUAAAGAUUUUGCAGUUGGCAAACCCACUACUCUACUUGGACGUACUUUUUUCAUCUAUGACUGUGAUGAGUUCACUCGACAAUUCUAUCAAGAUAAAUUUGGCAUCACUGACUUCCAGGCAGUUGAUGUAAAGAAGCCACUCCCAGAGGAAAUCAAACAGAUAAUUCCUCCCUACAAUGGUUAUGGUUUCCUUGAAGACUCUCUUCAAAACUGUUUCAGUUUGAUUCCACAACCCCCUAGAAAAAAUAUUAUUAAAAUGCUAGAGAAUGACCACAAAAUUUUGCGCUAUGCUGUUAGAAUGGAAUCCUCAAAUCCUGAUGACAGCAAGAGGCAUUUUGUCCUCUCCUAUUGCCUCGCUACUGACAUGAUAAGCAUUUAUGAACCGCCUGUGCGCAAUUCAGGAAUUAUUGGUGGCAAAUACCUAUGCAAAACCAGAAUCCCAAAGCCAGGAUCUUCUACAGAUGAUCCUGUUUAUUAUGAACCUGCCGAUUUAACCAUAGGCGCUAUGAUAGAAGUGUUUGGCCACAGGUUCAUUAUUGUGGAUGCAGAUAAUUAUGUGUUGAAUUAUAUGGAAAGUAAUUUGGAAAGCUUCCCAGCAUCUGUUGUGCAGUCUAUGAGAUAUCAUUUUGCACCCCGCAUGGCAGCAAUAGAGGAACUAAAGAGGUUAGCUUCCAAUGAGCCUGACCCGCAGGAACUAGCUGCAUUAUUGGAGCAGAUUCAGGAACACAUGAGGCGGCAUAAUUAUCUGCCAGACAGCAGUAUGCAGGAAGCUUUCCUUCAGCAAGAUAAAGAUGGCUCAGGGCUUCUAAACAAAGCAGAAUUCUUUGCCCUUUGUGACCAUUUUAAAAUACCAACUGAUGACCCAAUUUUCCAAAAGCUUAUUAAAAUGUGUUCUCAUGGGGAAAAUCAGAUAAGAUACCCUGACUUCCUCAGAGCUUUCCAGUGUUGAUUAGUUCGAAACUAGCAGUUACCAGCUGUACAAGAUCAAUUUCAAUUAAAAACGCUAAUUAUUGAAAGCU